AUAGAACUUCGAUUUGUCUGAGAAUAGAGUCAGCGGGAACAUUCCAAAGGAGAUCGGUAAUCUAAGCCAACUUACAGGGUUGUUUUUGCACGACAAUCAAUUAACAAGUUUCAUUCCCACAACAUUGUUUAAUAUUUCGUCACUUCUUGCCUUAUCUCUUGCAAUCAAUAGGCUUUCCGGUCCUCUCUUGCUAGAUGAAGGGAAUAUUGUGUCAAAUCUGAAAACAGUUUAGUAUGUCUAACAACCAAAUUUCUGGUUGCAUUCCUUCCAACAUAUGCCAACUCACAGAGCUCAAAGUUUUGUCCAUAUCUUUCAACAAUUUAAUUGGAGACAUACCCAGAAAUAUUGGUUGUUUAUCCAAACUCGAGGAGUUUUAUAUUGGUGAUAAUCCAAUAAAAGGGACUAUUCCCACUUCGUUGGGAAAUAUUUCCACUCUGCAAUAUCUUUAUUGCAAAAACAAUCACAUGGUGGGGCAAAUUCCUCCGGAAUUAGGGAAGCUAUCAAAUUUGAGGGAAUUAGGCUUUGACAAUAAUUCUAAUCUAAUUGGUGAAAUUCCAGAGGCUAUUUUCAACAUAUCUUCUUUGGAAGUGAUUGCUUUCAGUUUCAAUAACCUCUCGGGGAGAAUUCCAACCACUACAGGUCUUCAUCUUCCUAACCUUAAGGAACUUAGCAUGGCAGUCAAUAAGCUGGAAGGGGAAAUUCCAUUGUUCAUAACAAAUGCUUCUAAGCUUCAGAUACUGAAUCUAUUUAGUAACUCUCUGACAGGCACUAUUCCUACUAAUUUGGGGAAUCUUCGUGAGCUGCAAAUACUGCUCCUACAUACUAAUCAACUUACCAAUGAACCAACAGAGCUUGAAUUGCGAUUCUUCAAUUCUUUGGCGGACUGUAGGAUGUUGCGAUAUCUAUCAGUGGGGUUUAAUCUGUUGAAUGGCAUUCUGCCUAAUUCUAUUGGGAAUCUUUCAUCUACUAUUCAAAACUUUGAAAUAGCAGAUGCACACAUCAAUGGCCUCAUCCCCACAAGUAUAGGCAACAUGAGCGGUCUUAUAUCCCUAACCCUUGGCGGAAACAACUUGACAGGGAGUAUUCCUUCUGAUGUUGGUAAGCUUAAACAACUCCAAGGGUUGUAUCUAUUUAGCAAUAAAUUGCAGGGACAUAUUCCAGAGACGGUAUGCCAUUUAUCAAACUUGGUUAAAUUAUAUCAGUAUGAUAAUGAACUCUCUGGUUUAAUUCCAGAAUGCUUUGGAAAUCUUAGCAUGCUACAACACCUUUUUUUGGGUUCUAAUAAAUUUUCAUCAAAAUUUCCUUUGAGCCUUUGGAAGAUGAGUGGUCUUCUCUAUCUAAGUGUGUCACAAAAUUCAAUAGAGGGAGAACUUCCAUCAGAUAUUGGAGGACUGAAAGCCAUUAUCAAACUAUAUCUUUACAGUAACCACCUUUCAGGUGUGAUACCAACCAGAUUGGGGGAACUCCAAAGCCUGCAGUCUCUUGACCUAUCGAACAACUCAUUUUUUGGCCAAAUUCCAUUAUCCUUUGCCAACUUGAUAAGCUUGGAAUUCCUGGAUUUGCCUUUAAAUGCCUUGUCCGGUACUAUUCCUAAGUCUUUGGAAAAACUUUCAUACCUUAAAAGAAUUAAUGUUUCAUUUAAUGAUUUAGAAGGUGAAAUACCGAGUGGUGGCGUGUUUGCAAUUUCCACUUUGCAAUCAUUUCUCGGGAACAAAGGUCUUUGCGGAAUGCACAUAUUGGAGAUUCCUGCUUGUGCUAUCACUAAUCCUGGAAAUCAAUUGAAGCUUAAGGAGGUUCUGCUAAAAAUUGUUACUCCAGUGAUUAUUGCAUCCUUUCUGAUAUUCUUGUUCGUUUCAAUUUGGAUAAUGAAACGACAGAAGAAAGGGAAGUCCAAAGAUUUAGAGAAGGUACCGGAGAUGGGGACUCGUCAAUUAGUUUCUUAUCACGAGAUUCAACGAUCAACAAAUAAUUUUGAUAAAUCCAAUUUAAUUGGUGAGGGAAGCUCUGGCUCUGUGUACCAAGGCACAUUGUUUGGUGGAACUGCAGUGGCCAUUAAGGUUCUGGAUUUGGAAAAUGAGCAAGUAUGCAAGAGGUUUGAUACCGAAUGCGAAGUGAUGAGAAAUGUUAGACACAGAAAUCUUGUUCCAGUGAUUACUACAUGUUCUAGUGACUAUAUAAGAGCCUUUGUUCUGCAAUUUAUGCCCAAUGGGAGUCUUGAGAAUUGGCUGUACAAAGAAGAUCGCCAUUUGAACCUUCAUCAAAGAGUCACUGUAAUGCUUGAUGUAGCUAUGGCAGUUGAAUAUCUACAUCAUGGUCAUGUCACUCCAAUAGUUCAUUGCGACCUAAAGCCAGCCAACGUACUUUUGGAUGAAGAUAUGGUGGCUCAUGUUGGUGAUUUUGGAAUCUCUAAAAUUUUAGCUGUCAGCAAGUCUGUGGCACAUACAGAGACAUUGGGCACUCUUGGAUACACUGCACCAGAAUAUGGCUCGGAGGGGAUAGUGUCUGCUUGUGGUGAUGUUUAUAGUUACGGCAUCAUGUUGAUGGAGGUUUUGACCAAAAGAAGGCCAACGGAUGAAGAGAUAUGCAAUGAAAAUCUUGACUUGAGGAAAUGGAUAACACAAUCAUUUUCAGGGAGUAUGAUGGAUGUUGUGGAUGCCAAUAUUUUUUCCGAGGAAGAACAAAUCACUAGUAAAAGUGAAAUCUGCAUAGCGUCCAUGAUAGAAUUGGGUUUAGACUGCACAAAGGAAAUGCCAGAGUCAAGAAUAAGCAUGAAAGAAGUAGUGAAGAGGCUUAACAAAAUCAACAACACAUUUCUGGAGACAUAGAAGUGAUCAUAAUCUGUUCAGAUGGUGUUCUUUUCUGAGUUGCAAGUUAAUAUGAUGCUUUUUGUUUAUUCAGUAAAGUCGUCGUAUAGUACUACUUGGAGUCAUGUAUUGUUUGUAAUUUCAUUUGAGUGUUUUGAACCUAUUUUAGAUGCAGAACAGGAAAUGAGUUUAUUAAGAAAAGACUUUAUACAGA